UAGAUAUAUUACUAUAACUGAUUGUACGGCUGCGCACUGAAGCACGCAAACGUCAUUUCCAAGAUGGCGCUGCCCAGUGAUUUUAUCCGGACGAUUCAAGAUGACGAAGAAAUAUCCGUUGCCUAUGAAGACAGUAGUAGUGAUGAAGAGGCUGUCAAGCCAAAGAAACUCUCCAAACUGAAGAGACUGAAGAAGGGACAGGAGGAUUUUUCACAGGAGUUUGAAUUCUCGGAACGGGCCUUUGAUGAAGAUAGUGCCUGGACUCCUAACCUGCUCAAGAGUUUGAAGCCCCGAGGCCACACACGCAUUGAAACCAACACGUCACUGGAACAAAAAAUUGCCAGGAUCCGAAGUGAAAAGAGAAAAAAGAAAGAAUCUGAGGAACUUGCUGAAGCUAAAGACAACCAAUCAGAUUCAAAGGAGGCAAAGGAUCAAGAUCAGAAUGGCAGAGAGGUAGAUGGUGACCAUGGCAAUGCUGACGAUGAGGAUGAAGAAGAAGAGGAAGAGGAAGAAGAAGAUGAGGAUAUGGGAGUGGAGGACAUGGAGUGGGACCAGAUCAAAGUCAAGACGACAAGCGAGAAAAGACUGAAGAGGAAACAACAAAAAGAUGAGUCUGAUGACUCGGAGGAUGAGGAAGCCAAGAAGGCCAAGUUCUUUGCCCAGGCACCAGAGAUGACCGGCUACAGUAGCUUCCAGGAAAUGAACCUAUCUAGACCACUUCUCAAGGCCAUAAGUGCCAUGAACUUUGUGAAGCCCACCCCAAUCCAGGCCAAGACAAUACCUGUGGCUCUCCUCGGCAAAGACAUCUGUGCUUGCUCGGCUACAGGAACUGGCAAGACGGCAGCAUUCAUGUUACCUGUUCUAGAGCGACUGCUAUACAAGCCCAAGCACUCAAUGACUGUCACCCGUGUCCUGGUGCUGGUACCCACCAGGGAGCUGGGUGUACAGGUGCAUACGGUUACCAGGGAACUGGCCCAAUUCAGCGGCGUCGACUGCUGUCUAGCUGUCGGCGGUUUGGACAUCAAGCUCCAGGAGGCAGCCUUGAGGAAAGGUCCCGACAUCGUCAUAGCAACGCCAGGACGUCUGAUCGACCAUUUGCAUAAUGCACCGACCUUUGACCUUAAGGAUGUGGAAAUUCUCAUUCUGGAUGAGGCUGACAGGAUGCUGGAUGAGUUCUUUGCAGAGCAGAUGAAGGAAAUCAUCAGGUUGUGUUCCCACAGUAGACAGACAAUGUUAUUCUCAGCCACCAUGACGGAUGAGGUCAAGGAUCUUGUGGCAGUGUCCCUGAGAAACCCAGUCAAGCUCUUUGUCAACGAGAACACGGACGUUGCAUACAACCUGCGGCAAGAAUUCAUCCGCGUCCGGCCCAACAGAGAGGGCGACAGAGAAGCUAUUGUAGCCGCAUUGUGCAGUCGGACAUUCCACGAUCAUUGCAUCAUGUUUGUGCAGACCAAGGUCCAAGCACAUCGACUUCAUAUCAUCCUAGGACUGUUUGGACUCAAUGUCGGCGAACUUCACGGCAACUUGUCCCAGGCACAGAGAUUGGAAGCACUCCGUCGCUUUAAGGAAGAGAACAUUGAUGUGCUGGUGGCCACAGACCUAGCAGCCAGAGGAUUGGACAUUGAGGGGGUGAAAACGAUUAUAAAUUUCACUCUGCCCAACACCCUCAAGCACUAUGUACACAGGGUGGGACGAACGGCUAGGGCAGGCAAGAGUGGUCGGGCUGUCAGUCUUGUUGGAGAACGGGAACGGAGACUACUCAAGGACAUUGUGAAGAAAGCAAACAACCCAGUAAAAAGCAGGGUAGUACCUCAAGACGUUGUGCAGAAGUACCGAGAUAAGAUUGCCAGCAUGGAGGAAGACAUUGAAGAAGUGAUGCGGCUCGAGGAAGAGGAGAAAGAGAUUCGCAUCACGGAGCUCCAGAUGCACAAGGCCAGCGCCAUGCUGGAACACCAGAAGGAGAUCUUCAGUCGACCCAAGAGGACGUGGUUCCAGACACACAAGGAACGCGUGCAAGAAAUGGAUAAACUACAACUACAACCUGGCAAAAUGGACAAGAAAUCCAAGAAAAGAGCAAAGAAACAACAACAACAGGCAGAUGAAGAUCCGAAUGAUCGGCGGAUGCAACGAGAACUGGAGAAGUCACAGCUGUUUUCCAAGAGAGAGGCCAAGAGGUCACACAAAGGUCAGGUCAUCCGAGGCUUUAGAAACCAGGACCAGUCCUCAGAAAACAAGAAGCCGUUUGGCAAGAGAGGGAAGGGGCAGGGCGGUCAGUUCAAGUCAUCAUUUGACAAGGAGCUGACGAGUACAAACAAACGCUCCGUCAAGCAGUUCAGAAACAAGACUCACGAAGCAAGGAAGGAUCAGAAGAGGAACCAGAAAGCGUCAUCCAAGCCAAACAAACAGAACAAAUCCAAGUCCAAACCGAGCAAAUUUAACAAGAGAAGGAAAUGACAGAUUAAACUUUAACAUUAGAAUGACAACAGGCCAGCCAACUUUUUUAGAUAAAUUCCUUGGCUGCUUCAUUUUGGGUUGGGGUGUCUCGUUUGGUCCUUUUAUAUUUAAAGAAAUUUGAGCCACCAGUCCAAAUUGCCUACAUAUUUUGUCCCACUAAACAUUCACCCUAACAACAAUAGGCUCGUUGAAGUAUUGGUUAUGGAAUCAUGUCUUCACUAAUAAUCCUUGUUUAACCAUGUACUUUCAAUCGAGUGUAAUAACAUUAACAAGCUCAACAAGUACUGCAGUUGGCAGUACAAGUAGUAGUGGUUAGAUGCUGUUCCGGGAACUUAAAUUAACAUGUCAAAUAAACCACAAACGUAGUGUUGGAUAGCUCAGCUGGCAGAGCACUGGAACGGCAAUCUGGAGGUCACAGAUUCAAACCCCGCUCCAGUCAAAUUUCGGGGUUUUUUUUCAACUUAAAAAAAACAACUUAUGUUUUUUUUAAAUUUGUCACCCUGAGCAACUUUUGCCGUAAUACGAUUUUGAUUUACGUUGGGCAUACACAAAAUUAAAAAAAAUAAUAACUAAACCCCCCCCCCCGAAAAAAACUAAUUAAAUUGAGUCUAAGCUUGGUUCCCGAAUGAGCAACUCAUCUGAUAUGUGAUGAAAAAAAGGGAAGAAUACAUUUCUAAAAAA